GCCGCCCCGCCUCCCUCCGGGCCCGCGGCUCCGCGCAUCCCCAUCCUCGCGCGGCGCCGGCAGCGGCCGAUCGGGCCUCCCGGCAUGGCCUCCAGCAGCGCCACGGGCUCCGCCCUGCUGCGGCCCCUCAGCGACGCCGUGCGGCUGCCGCUGGACCAGGUCAACUUCGUGGUGUGCCAGCUCUUUGCCUUGCUAGCGGCCGUGUGGUUUCGAACUUACCUUCACUCGAGCAAAACGAGCUCUUUUAUCAGACAUGUCGUGGCCACGCUCUUGGGCCUGUAUCUCGCCGUUUUCUGCUUUGGAUGGUACGCCUUGCACUUCCUGGUGCAGAGCGGGAUCUCCUACUGCAUCAUGGUCCUCCUCGGCACGGAGCACAUGCACAGAUGUUGUUUUGUGUUUGCUUUGGGAUACCUCAUAGUGUGCCAAAUUACUAGAGUCUAUAUCUUUGAUUAUGGACAAUAUUCCGCUGAUUUUUCAGGGUAAGACGAACAUUUUGAUUUAGUAGCCUUU